AUGUCCUCCCAAAACUUCAACGACCAGAACACCGUUCUCGGUAACCCAUCUGUCGACAACCAGCCCACCCACCAUCUCCACGGUGGCGAAGAGCCCCUGCGCCCCGUCGCAGACUACAGCAUCGAGGCGCUCGAGGGUCGCCCGAAGCCGCAAACGACCAUCUCCGACAUGUACGGCUCUGCGCCCGAUGUCCAUGCCGGAGAGCAGCAGCGCCACGGAAGCGAACGCGUCGAGUCUGAGAUGCCGCAAGAACGUCACGCGUCCUCCACUGGCGCGAACGCGUUCAACGAAGAGCGUCCGAUGGACGUUCAGCCUACGCAACAAGGUGAUGUUGCCGUUGGCGGCCAGAGCGACCUGCCCCAGGGCAAGGCUUCGGCCAUGGACAAAGUCAUCGGAAAAACCGAGAAGGUCAUGGGCAAGGUCUUGAAGAAGCCUCAGAUGCAUGAAGCUGGCGAGCUCCGUGAGGCUGGCGGUAAAGCUGCUGCCCGCGGCGACGCUCGCGCUCCUCACGACUAA